CUUGCCAUCAUCUUCUCAAAGCGACGACAAAAUGGCUGCGUCGUAUAAUUUCAAGAAGAUCACUGUCGUUCCGUCGGCUACGGAUUUCGUGGACAUUGUCCUGUCCAAGACGCAGCGAAAGACGCCGACCGUCAUCCACAAGCAGUACGCCAUCGCACGGAUUCGCCAGUUCUACAUGCGCAAAGUCCGCUACACGCAGCAGAACUAUCAUGACAAACUCUCCCAGAUACUGGACGACUUCCCCAAGCUGGAGGACAUCCAUCCCUUCUAUGCUGACCUGAUGAAUGUUCUAUAUGACAAGGACCACUACAAACUAGCCCUGGGUCAGAUCAACAUGGCCAGGCAUCUCAUAGACAAUGUUGCCAAGGACUACGUGCGACUGUUGAAGUAUGGAGACUCCCUGUACCGCUGUAAGACCCUGAAACGUGCGGCCCUGGGAAGGAUGUGUACUGUCAUGAAGAGGCAGAAACAGAGUCUGGAGUAUCUUGAACAAGUGCGUCAACACUUGUCCCGUCUUCCCACUAUUGACCCAAACACCAGGACUCUUCUCAUUUGUGGUUUCCCCAAUGUUGGAAAGUCCAGCUUUAUCAACACCAUCACCAGAGCAGAUGUGGAGGUCCAGCCGUACGCUUUCACCACCAAGUCUCUGUACGUGGGACACACUGACUACAGGUAUCUCAGGUGGCAGGUGAUAGACACCCCAGGAAUCCUGGACCACUCCCUGGAGGAGAGGAACACUAUCGAGAUGCAGGCCAUCACUGCACUGGCACAUCUCAGGGCUGCUGUACUGUAUGUCAUGGACAUCUCUGAACAGUGUGGACACAACCUGCACCAACAGGUGGAACUUUUUAACAACAUCAAGCCACUGUUUGCCAACAAGCCUCUGAUGAUUGUCACCAACAAGAUCGAUGUUAUCCGAAGGGAGGAGCUUAGUGAAGAGAAUGAGGCUCUUCUGGCAGAUUUGGAAAAGGAAGGCAUCCCUGUAGUUCCCAUGAGUACUCUAUCUGGGGAAGGGGUCAUGGAGGUCAAGAACAAGGCCUGUGACCAGCUGCUUGCCUACAGAGUGGAGAAUAAGAUGAGGAGUAAGAAGGUGAACUCGGUGCUGAACCGGCUGCACCUGUCUGUCCCGCAGCAGAGAGACGAGAAAGUGCGCCCACCCUGCAUCCCUGACGCCGUCUUACAGCGCAGGGCCGCCAUGGACACAGACAAACCCAAGAAAAAAACGGAAAGAGACCUAGAACUGGAGUUGGAGGAAGACUAUGUCUUUGACAUGAAGAAACGCUAUGAUCUGAAGAACCCGGAGGAGAAGUAUGAUCCUAUACCUGAGUUGUGGGAGGGGAAGAAUGUAGCCGACUACAUUGAUCCAGAUAUCAUGAAGAAACUGGAGGAGCUUGAGAAGGAGGAGGAGAUGAGAGAGGCAGCAGGGGAAUAUGACUCUGACAUGUCAGAUGAAGAUGAAGAGACCAGAGAGAUCAGGAGUAUGGCAGCCAAAAUUCGUAAGAAAAAGAAGCUGAUAAAGAUGGAGUCAGACAUACGCAGGAAGGUUCAGAAACCCACACUACCCAGGGUCGCCAGGAAGGACUAUAAUGUGGGUGAAUUUAAGUCCCAGAUGGAGGAACUAGGGGUGGACAUGGCAGGCAAGGACAAUGCCCACUUCAAGCGAGCCCGCAGUAAGACUCCCACAGGCCUGAAGAGGAAACGGGAGCCCUCAGCAGAGGCUGGGAGCCGGGCUAGGAGCAGGAGUAUUCCAGCUGGAAAAGUACCCAGAGACAAGUCUGGAAUCAGGGACCCACAGACCCAACAGAAGGCCAAGGUCAUUGCCAAGAAUGCCCAGAAGAAGAUGAACCAGUUUGGAAAAGCCGGCGAGUCGGAUCGCUUCAUCGGAACCAAGAUGCCCAAACAUCUGUUUGCUGGGAAGAGGAAGCAGGGCAAGACACAGAGGAGAUGAGGAGGCUGUUGGCCUUUCUGGUGUUUUCAUGGAUCUCAUAAAGAACAGGGACAGUCUCUACAAUUGAGAUGGAGAAUAUAUUAAGAAUACUGUUAAAAAGAUUCAAGAGUGAUAUAGUGCUGUGUACCGGUUCACUGGACUGGUUCUGGACUUGUUUAGGUUCAAGUCCAAAAAAAACUAGAACCAGUUCUAGACUCAUUACAAAAAACAUGUCACAUACCCCGUUCUGUUCGUUCCAAACCACCUAAAUCUGCAAAGUCUGUUCUACA